UGGUCACCUUCCUUGCUUCCAGUAGCUCCCUGGAUUGUCUCACCUGAGUAUCCUGUGCUGGAUGGAGACCAUGGAGAGGACACUGGGCAGCCCAGUGCUCUGCAGAGUGUGACACCCCUCAGGUGCUGCCUCAGGCUGGGCAGGGGGCAUCCUUCAUGUCCUGAGGCUCCCGUGCACAGCUCCUGCUCCACCAGGACAGCCUCAGAAAGAACCUGCAGCCACAGGGAAGGAGAAGUGGCAGGAGAGGGGCCAGAAGGGACUGCAGUGGCUUUGGGCCCUGCCCAGAGCUCAGGGAUGCUCUUUUCCCAAGGACUUGGAGCUGAAGGCUCCUUUUCCAACCCCCUCCCCAGCCAGAGCUGGGAGAGUCCCAGGGUGCUGCUGGGACUGGCCUGGGCUCAGGGAGAGCACAGACCCCCCUUGUUCCAGCAGGAAAACAGAGGCACAGAGAGUUCCACAGUCCUCCCUCUGUUAUCCCGCUGGCUGUGCCAGGGCACAGGGCUUUGAGCUAAGAUCCUGCUCCUUUCCCCCUCCAGAGGUGGGGAAAAAUGGAUCCCCUUCAGAUAUGGAUCCCAAAUCCCUUCGACAGCCCCUUUGGACACCCCAAGGCACAAUGUCCUGAUCCCACCCCAGCAGACCCCCCGUCCCUAGGGGGGCACAUCUGGAAAGCCCCUCAGGGAGGGCAGUGGCCGUGACAAACCUUCCACAAACCCAAUCCUGAGCCCCAAACACAGCCCUGCCCUGGUGAUGGGGUGAUUUGCUCAGCCCCUGGGAAAAAAACACCUUCUGAGCCCAAGUGCCCACCUGGAGGGCAGGGUGGUGGCAGGGUGGUGGCCCAGACCUGGCACGAGGGUCCCUGAGGAGCAAGGAGUGUGCCAGGAGGAGGAGAUGUGUGUGUGGGGGUGUUCAUCUUUGGUCCCAGUUUUUGAAUGUUUUGGGCAAACCAGAUGCUGCUGCUGAGUUUUUGGCUGCUUGUGCUCCCAAAGAACCCCUGGGCUGCUCCAUGGGGGAGGGACAGUCCUGGAGCAGAACCUGGGAGAGCACGGGGGGCAGAGCAGCCUGGGAUGGGAGAGGGUCUUGGAGAGGACUGCUGUCCAUGGGGCCCUCACCUCUGUCCUGCUGAGGUCUCCUGCUUGCCCAGGAGAGUUGUAACCCCAAAACAUCACCUGAUGUGUUUUCUGCACUGCAGCCUCAACAGCUGCCUCUGCUUAUCCAGGAAUUCAAAAGCAAAGCUGAGCAGGUUUCCAUAUGGAUCUGCAGGAGACUUGAACCCCACAGGGACCUUGGGCUGCAGGGGUGGCUGCAGGUGAGAAUCCAGCUUGGGAGCAGGACCUGGAGGUGGGAAGUGCUUGCCAUCUGCUGGAGAGCUUCCCCUUGGCACAGGCAGCAGGUCCAGCUGGAGCAUCCCACGGAGCCCAGGUCUCUCCCAAGGCAAACUUGCUUUCACAGAAUUGUUAAGGUUGGAAAAAACCUCUGAGAUCAUCGAGUCUAACCUCUGACCCAUCACCACUUUAGCAACUAGACCAGAGCACUGAGUGCCACCUCCAGGGCAUCCUCUUCCAAUGUCUAAUCACCCUUUCUGUGAGGAAAGUCUUCCCAAUUCUUCCUUUACUUCUCUGUUGUGAGACAGCUUUGGCUGCCGGAGUGGGAUCACAGAGGGAAGGAUUUCUGUGUAGGAUUUGGGGUGUGCAGGGUUGGGUGUGGGAGCCCUGUGCUGCCCCUGGGGCAGUGUGGGGAGUGCAUGGGGCUGUGGGUCUGCAGAGCCAGUCUAUCCCUGUCUUCUCUUUAUGAUACAGGAAACCUUCUCCCUCCCCACAACUCCCUGAAGGAGGUUGUGGUGAGGCGGGGGUUGGGAAACGGCCUCGAGUUGUGCCAGGGGAGGUUCAGGUUGGAUACUGGGGAAAAUUUCUUCACUGAAGGAGUGGCCAAGCCCUGGCACAGCUGCCCAGGACUGUGGUGGAGUCACCAUCCCUGGAGGGCUUUAAAAGAAAUACAGAUGUAAAGCUCAGGGACAUGGUGGCCUUGGCAGUGCUGGACUCAACGAUGCUGGAGGUCUCUUCCAACCUUGAUGGUUCUGUGAUUCCAUAAUUUCCAUGACCCCACAUCCACCAGUGCUCUCGUGGAACACUAUUUUCUAGAUUCCUGCAAGUCCUGACUUGCAGUCCCCUGUACCUCCAGCUGGUGACAACAGGAGGCAGAGUGUGCAAGGGCAACACUCCCUGUGGCAGCCUCAGGUCUUGCCUCUCUCAGAUGAUUUUAUCUUCAUUCCUCUGAACCUCAUCUGCUGUAGAUAAACCAGUCACACUGUGCUGUACCUGCCCCACCAGCUCCAGGCUGGUAGGUGCUCAGAGCAGAGGGUGUUUUGGGGGAAACAAAGGCAUCAUUUGGCUGGAAUUUGGGACAGGCUGUGUCUGUCCUGAGAAGUGCCACCAAAUUUCUGCAAGGGCCACCUGGCAACCUCCCACUCCUCUUGGUCCCAUGGUGAGGCUUUUUUGGUGCCCCAGUUUGGUCUUGGAAGACUGCAGGAACUGUAGCAGUGUGUUUGUGCCUCGCUGUGGGCUUAGAAACUGUUGGUAUCUUUGUGCUGACAUUUACCAAAAAUAUUCAUCUGGAGACAUAUCCUCAUGUAUAAAUUUCAGUCUGGGGAUUUUAAUGGGAUUUCACAAGCUACUCUGUAGCCCUGAUGGUCCUGUAGGACCAGCUGUCCCAGGGAAUCAGAUGAACAGUCCUAGAGGAUGCAGACUAAGGGUCCAUCCAGACCAGCCUGAAUAUCUCCAGCUGUGGCCACGGCAGAGACCUUGAAGAGAAAGGCCAAUAUCUGUGCUCCCAGUCUGGAAUGCACUCCCAGCCCCCAACUGUUUUCAUUUUCUGCAUUGUCUUUGAGCUUCUCCCUCUGAAAUUCAAGGCCUGAGUCAGCCACUUGGAAAUUUCCUUGAGAUCACCAUGUUCCUUGGCAAGGAGCUCCUGGUGUGAAGAGCUUCCUUCUGUUCCUUUUGAACCUGGCUCUUGCCAGCUCCACUGGAUGGUCCAUGGUUCCUGCUAAGGAGAAACAGGGACCAUUUGCUUUGUCCCUCUUUCUAGGCCACUCAUCAUCUUGCAGACUUUAAUUCCCACGUGGAAAGUCUCAGUUCUUCUCAAAAGUACAUCUCAGCCAAAUCCUUGCUUGGAGCUGCCCCCCCUGUGAUCUCAUACCUCCCCCAGUCAUUCCAUUUCCAGCUGAUUUGCUCCCAGUUAAACCCAGUUUCCCACACUAGGGGUUAGAGGUGGUGUGGUGGAGCCUGCUGCCUUCAGGGCUGAGCAGAGGCUUCCUCCUGCAUCCCAAAAGUGUCCUGGUGAGGGAUCCAAAGAUACCACGUGCGAUUUCUAUCAAUAGAUGAAACACACCAUAAGGCAGAGGUUUCACAGCCUCCAUAAAUAGCCACUCUUUAGGAUGUGUGAUGUGGAGGAGGUUUUAGAAAUCAAAAUAUUUAGAGAUUCACAUUAUUUGUCUUGGCAGGAAGGAGCAGCCAAGACUGAAAUACAGAACCUUCGAGGAAGGAACAGAGUUGAGGAAAACAGUGAAUAGGGGGAAUAGGAGAGGUGUCAAAACCUCCAGGAGUUCCUUUUGGGUGAAUGGAAGCAGGAAACACGGUGUGUCUGAAAGGAGGGAGAAUUCAUUGACAGUGUUGAGGCACAUUUAUAUUCCUGAUAGAAAAUAGUGAUUUUUUCCAAACAAAUCUUGACAUUUUGAUCAAACCUGUAGCUGAAUGUUGCAAGAACAUCCAGAACACUCAGCUAAAAGCAGCUCUGAGCUGGGCUGUGUUGGUGUGAGCCAUCAGCGAGGAGGCUCCAGCUCAUUCCCCAGCCUGUUCUCCUCCUCUCAGUUUUAUUCUGGUCCCUGUGUGGAGAUGUGUCAGAGGAGUGGAAGGUUGGUCUGAACAGGGGACAUGUGGAAGUUUGGGGCUGAGUGUGCUGGUAGGAGCAGGGGGUGGGAGGGGUGGAUGUUGGUGGCCCCUGGGUUGGCAGGUCAUCACGAUCCUCUCCUCAUCUCAGCUCGAUCUCAACCUCAUCUCUCUGAGUGUUUCCCAGUCUCCCAGUCAGUCAGAUCUGUCUCAAAGUCUUUUUCUAGCACCUCCAGCCUCAACCUGCCCCCUGUACCCUCAGGCAGGGCUGUCAGCCGAGGUGUGUGACCUUGUUGUCACCUCCCCUGUCUCCUGUGCAUGGCCAGCCCUGUGGACAGGGGACCAGGAGUUUCAUCCACACCUUCCCCAGCAUCCCUGAGCAGCAGUGGGGGAAAGAGGAUGCCAAGAGCUCCCAAAGCAGGGGAAGUGUGGGAGCAGGGUGAAGGGAACUCUCAUGGCUGGGCUGGAGUUGUGGCAUGGCUGGAUUGGGAAUGGGGAUGGCUGGGAGCUGCUGUGCCUCUGCUAGAGGUGUGGCACGGCCAAAGUGGGAAUGGGGAUGGAUGGGAGCUUAAUUUCCCUUUGAGUUCCUCCUCUGGGUUCCUGCAAGGCCUCCACUUUGGGCAGGGGCUUCUACUUUGUGAUCAUCCUCAACAGAGAGACAGGACCCCUUUUGUCACUGGACCAUCGGGAAUGGCAGCCUGCUCUCGUGGCUUUCCCAUCGUGCUGUGGUUGUCCAGCACCUGGACAUGUUCAUUAGCACCAUGGAGACCUCACUCCUCCUCCACUCUCCCGAGGCUUUUCCUGGGAGCCAGCAGAGCCCUCCUGUAGGGAUGGAGCAUUUCCAGCAGGAGUUUCUCUGCCAGUGCAGUGACACCAUUCCUGGCCCAAACAAUAUGGGCUAAACCAGCCAAUCUCUUCUCUGUGUGUCUGUGGCUGGUGGGACAAUGACAGAGCAGUGUCAGGAGGGUGUCGGUGCUGGAACCAAAUGAUCAUCUGAGCCAACUCUGCUGUGCCGACGUGCUCAUGAGCUCCUGACACUCUCUGUGAGCAUCAGUGCUGAUUCCCGUGUCCAGGGAGAACUAAGCACUAUUUUAGCUGUCACUGGUGAUGUAGCAACAGAACCAGUUCCCUAAGGACUAGCUGCAAGGGAUGGCCAAGGGCAGAAGAGGAGCCCAGAUCUGGGAUGGCACCAUGCUCCACCUCCUGCUCUGCACGUUUAUGCACCGAUGGCCUUCAGGGCCCCAUGGAGGAAGCCCCUGUUGCCUCGGGGCAGUGCUGCAAGUGGGACCCAGCAGGGCUGUGGUGGGCACUGCCUGGUCAGCCUGGCUCAGGAACAUUCCCUGCUCCAGUUGCUGUGGCAGAGGUGGAAUGUCCCGUUUGCCCGUGACGCAGAUGUUCUGGGAAACACGAGCGUGUGGCAACCACGGCCGCUCUCCGUCCACUGCCGCGACUUCCAGAGAAGAGAUCCACCUACUGAUUCUCUGAAUCGCUAAUUCUGGGUUCUCUGGAGAGUCCUUUGGUCGGGGAAAGGAAGCAAUAGGUCAUAUCCUGUUCUCUCUCCUUUCAUGGUAUCAUACCAUUGAUGGGCACUGCUCUCACUGGGGCUCUGGACAGUUCCUCCCCAGGCCCAUGUGGUGCCCCUGACACAGCACUUCUCCCACUGUGUCAUGGCUUUCACCAGUGUUUCCAUCAUGUUUCCAUUUUUGGUCACUGUCUCCCUCUUAUAAAGAGGGCUGAACCCAGGGAUCCCACACCAGGCACAGCCAGGGGCACCCUGCACCAGUCCAGCCUGACUCCUACAGCUCAUCUCCACCCAACAGGACCAUGAAGACCUUCACAGCAGCCCUUGCUGUACUUUUUGUGGCUGUCCUCUGCUACCGGGUCUCCUCUUCUCCAAUUUCUCUCGACCAUUUCGGUCCCUGCUGCACUGAGUUCAUCACCAGACCGUUGCCCUUGAGACUUGUGAAGAGCUAUGAGCACACAGGCAGCAGCUGCUCCCAGCCAGCUGUGAUAUUCACCACCAUCAAGGACAAGCUGGUCUGUGCCAACCCUGAUGAGAAGUGGGUCCAGGACAUGGUGACUCAACUAAAGCACAAGGAAGGCAGUGGAUGAGCAAAGCCCUGCUCCUUCCAAGCAUUACCUCAGCAAGGACCUGCUCUCAUGGGCUCCUCCGAGACAAAUCCCUGCUUUCUCAUUGCCUGGGAGUUUGGCAGAGUAUUUAACACAGUGUUUAGCUCUUUUAUUUAAGUUUCUGCAAAGGCAAUCUUAAUUUAUUUGACAUUUUCAGUGAAACUUUUCAUUCUCGUUUGUACUGAUGGUGUUGAAGUUAUUUUUGCAUAAUAAAAAGGAGCAAAACCUG